CGUCUCCCCCUUGCACAGUUUUGACCCAACAAGGGAGCAGAGGCUGAGCCCUGCUCGCCAGGGAACGGGGGUCAUGGGCUGCCUGGCCUACCUGCCCGGCUCUCCUCCGUGUCAUGAUCCCACAGGGUUUCUCUCCAGCCCCUCCCCAGCUCCAUCUGCUAACCUGAUCCCAGGAAAGCCUCACACCAGCAUAAUGCCAUUAGGCUUCAGAGUGAACUCCCCAACAGCCAUGACAAGGGAGUUCCUGUGCCACUUCUUGAGCUAUGCUUGGGCACAUUUUAAAGGUUUUCUUUACAGCCAGUAGGACUAGGAUGUGACAUGCAUCUCCACAGGCGUACUGCCACUGAGCUGGGCGGAAAGAGGGUGGCGAGCAAGGCCCUUGUCAGCGGCUUGGCCUGCACCCCGAGUACCCCCAGCUCACUACGGCAAGCUUGCCAAGCAGCACCAGGUCUGUGUCACGUGGGCACCCCUUUCUGCCUGGGGGGAUUUGCCCCCUGAGGUCAGAAGGGACCAUUAUGCCCAUCCAGUCUGGCCUCCUCAAUCACCCAGGCCAGAGAACCUCCUCUGGAGAAUCCUGCAUCCAGCCCAGUGGCUAGUGACUGUGCCAGAAAGGAUCUUAGGGAUCCAAAGAGCGAGAGAGACCCCUGCAGUCCCCCCACUCUGUUGCCUUCCCUUCACUGUUUCCUUUCCUAGCUGUCCUCUCCCAUCUCCUCCCCUUGGCAGAUGGAUGUUGUGCAUUCAGCUCUAAGGUUCAUGCCCUGGGAGCAGUGGUUAUUGGUGACACACCUGUGUGCAGUUCCUAUUCCCGAGGUUCCCUGUCUCCCACCCCCAGGGGAUGGCUUGUGCCCAGAUGGCCUCUUUAUCCCAGAUGAUGAUGGGAUUGUGGCUCCAACUUGAGAGUCCUCACUGGGGUUCCCAACUGGAGAGUGAGUGAAGCAGUGGGCACCCUCUGGAGCCACAUAGAGAGAAACCCCAUCUGUGCACUGACUGUGGGGGGCAUCACAGCUGGUGUUGCAUCAGAGACACCCCACCGGAUAGAAACCAGCAGUCCUCUGGUCCCACGAGGCCCCGUCCCACCAGACACGUUCUGCAUCACAUGCCAUUUGAGGCAUGUGGGGUCAGCUGUGAGUUGUGGGCUCGGGGGAAGGGAGCACAUUCCUGGGGUGAUUAAUUGCUUGGGUAUCAUGUAAUGGGAUGCAUUGGGGUGAAAACCAGAGAAGAAGGAUUCCUGACUGCAACCCUGGCCUUCUGGGUGACCUUAGGCAAGUCGCUGCCCUGCUUUCUGCCUCAGUUUCCCUGUUAGUAAAAUGGGGAUAAUGUUACUGACCUUUGUAAAACACUUUGCGGUCUCGUGAUGAAAAGCACUAGAUAAGAGCUGGGUCUUAUUAUUACUUUAUUGAUCAUUGCGUAGGUGCCAGUGAUCAUGACUUGAUUACAUUUGUCAUGUGCAAAGAGAAUAAUGUCCAAACCAGUAUAAUUAUAUCUACACUUGUGCUUUAAAAAGGCCAGUUUAACAAACCUGAAAACAGAGACUAGUCAAAUGAGCUGGGAGAAAGGAUUUAAUCAGAAAAUUGUGAAUGAUAUUUUGGAGUUGUAUAAGAACACCAAAAUUCAAAAAGCCAAAAUUCCUGAAGCAAGAAAGAAGGCUACACAGUUCUUGUGCCCACAGUUCAAGAGGAUGUAGAAAUAUUGGAGAGAUUCAGAGAAGAGCUGCCGGAAUGCUGCAGGUGCAGUGGACACAGCAUGCAGGUGCGAAGCCGAGGACCUUCUACUCUCUGGCUGAUUUAGAGCCUUCGAGGGGGACUACUGGGGAGUCCCAACGACUGUUGGACUUCGUUGCAGGCGGGGAGACCCUCUGGGAAGAUGAACACCAGGAAAGCAGAACCCUCCACAGAGAGACCGGAACCACCCGGGAUGUCUCCCCUCUUCUCUCCCACCAGAUAGACCAGCUUGGACAGGCCGUCUCACCCCUCCCUCCCACCAGAGAGAUGGGACUGACUGGUACCUUCCCACCAGAAAGAUCAGAACCGGCUGGGACAUCUCCCCCAUUCCCUCCCACCAGAGAGACCAGAACUGGCCAGGACGUCUCCCCCACUUCCCUCCCACCAAAGAGACCAGAACAAGCUGGGACGUCUCCAUCCUUCCCUCUUGAGACGAAAGGACCAGCGAUGGAACUUGGACCCCAGCCAAUGUCUGGGAGAAUGGAUACCCCAGUGACUGGUGACCUGGUGCGCAGGAGGCCCAGCUCGGGAGUCACAGCCAGUUCUGGCCAGUGGGAGGACAAUGGGCUGCGGAGAGAGGACCCCGGUGACCUGACCAGCCGCUUCCAGCCAGAGGGGAACAAUGGACGGCUGAGAGAGAGUAGGCCCAGGCGACCCUGUUUAUCUGGACAGAAGACAAAGGACAGAGGCAGGGCUUGGGGGCAGGUGAUAUCGGAUGCCCAGGUGGAAAGUGCAGGGUCUCGGGACUAGAGAGAGCAGGCAGAGCUGGAUGCAGGGGAGACUUAGAUGUACUGUGCUGAGGGAGGCCAGGCUUGGGGGCCCAGAGAGUUUCCUAUGCUGUGUUCAGAAGCUCAAUAAACCCUCCUGGUUUACGCUGGCUGAGAGUCACUUCGGUCUAGAGAACAGGAUUGCAUUAUUCCCUCUGGGAGUGGAGGCCCCAGGGGCCCAGAGCGAGUGGACUCUUUGAGGGGGCCCACAGUGAGACACAGGUGUGCUAAGGCUCAGAGAGGUGUGGUUCCAGGAGG